AUGAGAAAGUCAAAAAUCAAGUCCGUCGCCAUCGUUGGGGCUGGAGCUGCUGUCUGCCUGAUAGGUGCUAUAACAGCAGCUGCUCUCAAAGCCGAAAGCUAUUUUGAGAGGAUUCGCGUCUUUGAGCGAAGGGAAACUCCGGGUGGCACUUGGAUUUAUGAUCCGGACCCAAAAGUCGCGACCACCCAUCCUGGAGCUUUGCCGACAGAAAUCGAUAAACCGCUCGUAAUCCCAGACGACUUACCUACCACAGCGGCCCCAAAUCAGCAGGAGAGAUAUGAACAUACACCGAUCUAUCAAAAUCUCACUACAAAUGUUCCUCAAAUCGCCAUGUCGUUCUCUGAUUUGCCCUUCUCUUAUGGGCCAUUCGUCCCACAUUACGUACCUCGUCAGUACAUAGAGUCCUACUUCUCAGUCCAUAAGACCGAUGGAUAUCUGUCACUCAACACCACAGUAGAAGAUAUCUCGCAACUGCCCUCGACUUCCAGGAAUGACUUGCACUCGUGGAGACUGACGUUGCGCAAGUACGAGCCAUUGCGUCAGAUUGAUAUAUGGUGGCAGGAGGACUUUGACGCUGUUGUUCUUGCAAACGGGCAUCAUGCCGUCCCCUGGGUCCCUCAAGUUCAAGGCUUAGAAGCAUAUAUGGAAAAGUUUCCGGGCAGGGUGAUGCACUCCAAGUUUUAUCGCUCUCCUUGGCUAUAUACCAAUAAAAAGGUACUUGUUGUUGGAAACUCAGCUUCGGGUCAUGAUAUUGCUGUUGAUCUACUACAAGCCGUUCAGCUUCCACUUUACCAAUCACGAAGAUCACGUGGAAGACUGGACGGUGAUGAACCACCGGCAGGGGUGGAAUGGAAGAAAGUCAUCAAGGAGUACCGUCUGGAUGGAACAAUCGUUUUCGAAGAUGACAGCGAGCUUACUGACGUUGACCAUGUUCUUUACUGUACUGGCUAUCUUCCUUCCUACCCGUUUUGGAACUCUGACGCAAACGGGCGCUUGCUAUACGACUACAAGAAGAAAAAACUUGUUAAUAGUUACUGGCAUACCUUCUUUCAAGACAUACCAAAUUUGGCAGUCGUCGGUAUGCCACGAGUCCUUACCUUCAGGAGCUUCGAAUACCAAGCCAUAGCAAUUGCACGGCUCUUCUCAGGGAGGAAUGCGAUACGUCUACCGUCUAGAGACGAACAGGAAAAGUGGGAAAGUAACAGAGAGAGUCGUUGUAUACAAGAAGGCCGCAAAUUUCAUGAGAUCGAAUGGGAGAACGGCGAGACAUUUAGAUGGUUAGAUGGGUUCUUCCAGAUUGCAGGGUUGGGGACAUUGCACGGCGAUGGUAGGGUACCGCCAGUCCUGGGGAAAGAUCUUAUUUGGGCGAUAGAGCAUGUAAGGAAGUAUCCAAUACCAGGUAAAGACAAAAGUCAUGAGAAAGGAGGGAAACUGGAGUCUGAGGAAUCCGAGUGGACGUUAGUUCAAACGUCCAAGAGGGACCCCUUGUUCUUCAUCUAA